CUGUUUACCGAACACUUGCAUAUUUUUACACUAUUAAUAUUAUCCACUUGCGGCGGGGGUAUCAUCAGUGAGCAGUAGCUUGUAGUUUCACUUGUUUUAUAUUUUGAAUGGAUUAAAUUUAUAUUUACAUUAGGAAAAUGGGGAAGGGGAGGGGGGAAUUAGUCCUUUAAUAUACAAGUAAAUAUUCCAAAUUGUAUGUUGAAUGUGUCACCAUCUUGUUGGUGUUUUGUUCUCCAUCCAUUGAUUUUCUCUCUUUAUGGCACCUCGGUAUGGAUACUUUUGCUUAAAAUGCAUAAGCCCAAGAACAGGAUUUAUGGCUCUUUGUUUGACAGAAAAGUGUCAUUUUUAACGCCUGUCUAAUACUGGACAUUUUAUUGUAUACCAUUGUCUGUAACUUUCAAUUGGUGAAUUGUUUAUAACACAUUCUGUUUCAACUUGUCAAUAUUCUGAUUUUGUCAAAUAGGGAGAGUAUGCAAGAAUCUGCUUAAUAACACCUCCUUAAAAUUUAGAUAACUGAGGUUUCUCCCCAUAUCUUAGAAGAAUUUGACUCCUGUUGAUGCAAAUCGUUGUCUUUAAGUAUUUUCAGCUAUUUUGUGAGAAGUACACGAUUGCAAAUGUACAUAUACUAUUUUUUUAGUCUGAGGAUUUCAGUCCCUUUUUUAAUAUAUAAGGCACAAUGGGUACUUGCUUCCAUUUGUGUAAUCUGAAGCUGGAUAUACUAUUUUUUUUUUAAAUAGGACCAUGCAGUAACAUAUAUGCAAGAAGCCAGAGAAAACAGUACAACAAUAUUUUAUUUAGCAUGUUCAAAAACAAAAUAAAUGAGAAUUUACGUUUUAUUCAAACUGUUAAAUUGUGACUAAUUUUUGAUGAAAAUCUAUUUGUCCCAGUUAUCUGUAUACCAAAGUCAUGACUGAAUUCAGUCAUCUUGCACUACAACUUUCAUCUUAAUUUAUUAAUUGAAUAUUCAAUUGAUAAUACAUUAAAAAUUGGAGAUUGCCAUCGGGGUCACCCCUACCCCAUCAUGUUUGAACAUAUUUUAAAUGGUUGAGAUCCCCACCCCUAAACCAUUUAUUCUUGUAUGUGACAAUAAAACAAAUAAAACGAAAUAUUACAUGUAGGGGAUGUCUAUGGGGAGCACCCCCAUCCCCUUAUGUUUGUUAAAUUGUAAAUGGUCAAGAUCCCCACCCCUUAACCAUAUUCUUGCAUGGGAUAACAAUGCAAUUCAAAUGAAAUAUAGGUAAAGUCUGUGAGGGUCACCCCCGCCCCCUCAUGUUUGAUAAAUUGUAAACGAUCAAGAUCUUUGUACCUAGACCAUAUAUAUGUUCUUGUAUGGGACAAUAAAACAAAUCAAAUGAAUAUGUGACCAUAGGAAUUGCAAAUUAAGGGAGCUUUGUUUGGGAGACUUCGUAAGUUCGUAACAGCAUCUUGUUACAAUUACUUCUUGUUAUAAAUGCCAUUAUGGGUUUCUUGGGCACUCAGAUACAUUGUAACACAGGCCCGUGGUUGCUAAUUUUUAUAAAAAUGGACUAUUCUUACUUCCCUGUAUAUCUGGCUGGGAACCCAAGUGCCUGUGAAAUAUAAAUAGAGAGGAGAGGAUAGGGAUAUACAUGUAUUAGAAAAAAUAUUCAAAAUCAAUGCCAAUGGAAACCAGUAUUAUAUGCACAAGUGAGUUAAAAUAGUCCAGUUGUGUUCCCAAAUUUCAAAUAUUUGGUGGCAAUUGUCAUGAUAUUUUAGGUGAACGAUUCAGGCUCUGAUCAAUAAUUGGUUUCCAUAUUUCUGUUUUUAGGUUUAUAUGAUGUCAGGUCAUAUAAAGGUUUCACAUAGUGAACUUUGUUAUGAUGCUGAGGUCUUAUUGCCACUUAAAGAAGAUGUUUUGGAGAGGGAGACACUCAAAUCACAGUUUCCUUCAGCAGUGGGUUUGAGGUACCAUGUAGGAGGGGUGUUGAAAGCUGUUGCAGCUGAUACAAGAGGGUUUUCUUCUCCAGAUGGAGGUUGGGGAACAAGAAGAUAUAUUGUUGUAACAACAGCAGAAUGUGCUGGACAAGCAAGAGAUAUCAUUGGCAACAGGCCAAGUACAAGUGGAUUGGCUCAGCAGAUUACUUCUGUGUUUAAGUCGUCAAAAGCCACUUCACACCCAAGGACACAUUUCUCACCAAUACAGGGAGCUGCCUCCAGAAAAGACAUUAGACAACAAAUGAAAAAGAAGAAGAAGUUAUUUGAAAAGUCAUAUAAAGUUGUUUUUAUUGGAAAUAUAAAAUUGCCAGGCAUUCUGUGUGCAGAUAUUAUCCUAGAAGAAGGAUUAAUUAACAUAAGUUCGGAGGAUACAGAGGACACUAUUAAAAACAAACUACUUGACAUAUUUGACAGCACUGACAAAGAUCCCACCAAGAUCAUUUUUUUAUCGUGCUCACACAAAAAAUUAUCCAAACCAAAUGUACCAUCAACAUUCAAAUUUGAUGGAAUAGGGCUGAAGGCUCUGAUUGGUCAAGGGAAGCUUUAUGUUCUCGUCGAGGGCCCUGAGUUUGAAAAUGAUAAGGACAUGAUGGAUCAAAACAAAUUAGAUGACACAGACAUGACAGACGAGGAACUUCCAGUAUUCGGCAAGACACACUCUUUACAGAUACCCCAAGCAGACACAAAUGCAAGUAUGAACAGUGACCAGGAAAAUACAGGCUCAUCCGCAAAACCACAAACAGACAUCACCAAAACUGUGCAAAGUCAAGAUAUAGUGGAAGGUGAUCCGGAAGAUACAGGCACACCGACAAUAACAUUUCAUCCAUCGUGCUUAGAACGUAGAGAGCGUAGAUCUCGAUUAAGCUUGCGGUCAUCUACUGGUAAUGAUGCUCUGGCAUGUCCUUCAACUUACAGGUCAUAUGUCCAGCUGUUUGAAACUGAAAUAGUAACAGUUGAUGACUCCGAUGAUGAAGGUGACAAAACCAUACCAAUGGAUGGUGAUAUCAGUUUGCCAGAGUUAUUAAUAAAGUUACAGUCACAGGUUGACCUGGAGAAGAUAACGAAAUUCAAUAUCAACAGAAACCUUGUUUUAGAUGGUGCUCGGAGAGCCAUCAAAAGGAAAUCCUUCUGUGCUAAAAGCAAGAUAAGUGUGAAGUUUACGGACGAUGUAGGAAUCGCAGAAGGUGCCGUAGAUGAAGGUGGACCAAAAAGAGAGUUCUUGAGAAUGCUGAUGAAAAAGAUCCAAUACCUGCACAUUUUUGAAGGUCCUGAAAACAGAAGAAUUUUGGCCUAUAGUACAUCAGCCCUAGAAGACAAUCUGUACAGAGAUGUUGGAUUAUUCUUUUCCCUAUCCAUUGUACACGGAGGACCAUCACCAAAAUUCCUUUCUCCAGUUAUGUACAAUGCGUUGGUAGGACAAGCUGGAGAAAGGAAUAUUGAAGAUAUAGCAGAUGGUGACUUGAGAGGAGAAGUUCAAAAGUUAAAAGAUGCAUCAAGUUUGCAAGACUUGAACAAACAAAUGAAUGCAAUGUCAACCCUGUUGAUAACAGCGGGAUGUUUCAGGCCUAUAUUGAACAUGCAACAAAAAGAUAAAUUAAUCAUGGAUAUUGUCAGAUUUUUGGUCCUGGAAAGAACCAGUACUCCUCUUCACCAGUUGCGUGAUGGGUUACAGACACUUGAUGUAUUAACGUACAUUCAAGAGCAUUAUAAAGCAUUUAAGGAUUUGUUUGUCUGUCAAGGAAAUGAAAAAUUGACCGCUGAAAUGAUGGAGGUGGUGUUUAUGGAUAUCAAAAUGUCAGUUCCAGGCAGCAACAGAAGACGGGACGAGGAGAACAUUGUUGGAUAUUGGAGAGAUUUUUUAAUUGACUUGCAAGAAGAUGAGGAUGGUGAAAUUACCUUAGGUGAUGUUUUAUCAUUUGCAACUGGAGCAGACUGUGUACCUCCAUUAGGAUUUGAUCCAUCACCAUCUAUUACUUUUCUUCAUGACUCAGGAUUGUUUCCAAAAGCAAACACAUGCUCAAUGGAGUUGAAGCUUCCAGUUUCAGAAGAUUUUAAUACAUUCAAAAAAAACAUGACUUUUGGAAUUGCAAACUCACCAGGCUUUGGACUGGCAUAAACCAUUCAUGGGAGUCUUUAAUUUUAAUACUCUUCCAUACUUCAUCUUCAUUUUUUGUCUUGCCUGGUACAAAGGUUGUUACAAAUACAAAUUUGAAUAUUUCUGUAUAAAUAUAUUGAUUAUAUAAAUUCUUAUACAAAUGGUAUCAUGUUGUCGUUGUCCAUAGACAUUUGGUUUUCACACAAUAACUUAAGUAUAAGUAAAUAAAAGUCUAUGAAAUUUAAACACAUGUUUUUUUUACCACAAAAGGAAGGUUGGGAUUGAUAUUUGGAGUUUGGUCCUAACAGUUUAGGAGGAAGAGGCCAAAAGGGUAAAAUGUUAACUCUUUUUUUUUUUUUUAUUGAUUUCAUCAAAAAUUGAAUUAUUUGGGUUCUUUGAUAUGUCUAUUCUAAUCGUGUAUUUGGAUUCUUAAUUUUUGGUCCUGUUUUCAAAUUGGUCUACAUUAAGAUCCAAAGGGUCCAAAAUUAAACUUAGUUGAUUUUAACAAAAAAAUAAUUCUUGGGGUUGUUUGAUAUGCUGAAUCUGAAAAUGUAUGAAUUUUUAUUAUGGGCCCAGUUUUCAAGUUGGUCCAAAUAGGGGUUCAAAUUAAACUUUUGUUUGAUUUCAACCAAAAUUGAAUAUAUGGGGUUCGUUCUUUGACAUGCUCAAUCUAACCAUGUAUUUAGAUUUUUGAUAUUUGGUCCCCAUUAUCAAAUUGGUCCACAUUAUGGUCUAAAGGGUCCAAAAUUGGAACUUUAUUUGAUUUCAUCAAAAAUUGAGUUCUUGUGGUUCUUUGAUACGCUGAAUCUAACCAUGUAUUUAAAUUUUGGAAAAUGGACCAUAAAAAGUGAAUGUCCAAUUUAAAACUUUUCAGCUUUUAGACCCCAUUCAUUCUGUGUCAGAAACCUAUGCAGUGUCAACUUUUUAAUCACAAUCCAAAUUUAGAGCUGUAUGAAACUCGAAUGUUGUGUCCAUAUUUGCUCCCCAUUUUCAGGGUUCCACUUCUGCGGUCGUGUCAAGCUGUGCCCUGCCAAACAUUUUAUUAUGUUAUAGUUUUGAACAAGUUCCAAAAAGAAACUUGGGUGCUUUAUAUGUUAAAUUGUUGUUUGACUCAAACUGCACAGACAUCUGAGUUUGAUUAUUUUGUAAAACAUGUAUAACAGUUAGGGAAACUGAUGAGUUGUUGAAAAUAAAAUAUUUAGAUCUAAUGUUAUCAUAAUACUAUGAACUUUUGUUUUGCAAUUUAUGGAGAACAUAACUGUCAGGUUUAUUUUCAUUAAAAUGUUUUAUUAAA